AUGGCGAUGGCUCUGGCGGUAUUGCGGGACUGGUGCAGGUCGAUGGGCGUGAACGCUCAGCGAUCUCUGCUCAUCCUGGGAAUCCCAGAUGACUGCAAAGACCAGGAAUUCCAGGAGGCUGUGCAGGCUGCCCUGCGUUCCCUGGGCAGGUACCGAGUGCUGGGCAAGGUCUACAGAAAGGAGCUGGGGUCGAGUGUUGCCCUGGUCGAGUUUGCUGAGUGUUUAAAUCGAAGCUUGCUCCCCCGGCAAAUACCAGGCAAGGGAGGGCCCUGGACUGUGGUCUGCCUGCCCCAGGCCCCUGAUGCUGAUUCACAGGAUAGACCCAAUUGCCCUGCGCAGCCCCAGGGACAAGCAGUGGUUGGCAGGGUGGGUGAGGCAGGAACUGCAGGUCACUCAGGAACUGCAGGGGAGGAGGAAGCUGCAGGGGAGGCGGGAGUCGCAGGUAUGGAGGGAGACACAGGUGAGGAGGAAGCCUUAGGUGAGGAGGGAGCUGAAGAUGAGGAGGGAGCUGCAGGUGAGGAGGGAGCUGAAGGUGAGGCAGGAGCUUUAGGUGAGGAGGGAGCUGAAGGUGAGGAGGGAGAUGAAGGUGAAGCAGGAGCUGCAGGUGAGGAGGGAGCUGAAGGUGAGGAGGGAGCUGAAGGUGAGGAGGGAGCUGAAGGUGAGGAAGGAGCUGCAGAUGCGGAAGGAGCUGAGGGUGAAGCAGGAGCUGAGGGUGAAGCAGGAGCUGAAGGUGAAGCAGGAGCUGAGUCAGAUGAGGAAGGAGCUGCAGGUUACAGAAAUGUUGCAGGCGUGGCAGGACUUCUGAGUAUGGCAGGACCCACGGGCGGGGCAAUGGCUGCGCCUGAGGAAGCAGUUGUGACAGUGGCAGGCGCCAUGGGUGAGGCAGGGCCCGGGACCCAGCAGUGGAGGCAGGCCUCGCAGCCCGUGCUGGACAGCAUGGGCUACCAGGAGCUGGGAACCUUCUCUGGGAUGGAAGAGCCGGGCCACGGGGAAGGGUCCUCUGAGAGCUGGCUGGAGCAGGCCAGCCACACGCUGCACCUGUGGCGCCACGUGUCUGAGAGGGAGAGGAGGAGGAGGCUGGUGGAGAGCUUGCGCGGCCCCGCGCUGGACCUCCUGCGCGGCCUCCUGGCGGAAGAUCCCGAGCUGGCUGCCCAGGACUGCCUGGCCGCGCUGGUGCAGGUGUUUGGGAACAAGGACCCCCGGGGGAGUGCUCGGCUGAAGUUCGUGACCUGUGCCCAGCGGCCCCAGGAGACUCUCUCUGCGUACGUGAUGCGCCUGGAAGGCCUGCUGCAGUCGGCCCUGGAGAAGGGGGCCAUCCACCCGGCCAUGGCGGACCAGGCGCGCGCCCGGCAGGUGCUGACGCGGGCCCGGCUGAACGACACGCUCCGGGACACGCUGAGGAGGAGGCGGCUGAUGAGGAGGCCUCCCGGCUUUGCGGGGAUGCUGCGGCUCAUCCAGAGGACCGAGGCCUGGGACGCCGACCCGGCUAGCAGGGAGCACUUCCCAGGGCAGGAAGAGGCCCGUGUGGACGUUGCAGUCCUGGCAGCAGCCGCCCAGGCCGCCCCGGCCCAUGAGGCCAUCACCGCAGGCACCACUGCACAUGGUGAAGAUACCACCGCCCAGGCCGCCCGUUCCAAGGAAGGGAGCGCCGAGGACCACCCGGCACGUGAGGAGGCCAGUGCGGCAGUUGCCGGCACUGCCAAGGCUGGCGAGGCGGCCCCUGAAGACCAUGGUGCCGCCAGGGCAGCCCCUGGCCCUGGGGAGACCAGCAAGGCGUCCGCGGCCACUCAGGAAGAUGGAAGUGCUGCCGCCCCUGCGGGCCUAGGUCAGGCAGGACCCUCAGAUGCCCCCGGGGUCCCCAUGCCUGGCCGGAUGGGCAGUGCUUCCCCGGUGGCCCCAGGAGGUCCUGGCUGGGAGCCAGAGGGCCUCGCCCAGGCAGGAGGCCAGGAGGCCGAGGAGACCCCCGAGGAGGGGCUCAAGCCCAUCCCAGAAGAGCCGGGAAAUGAGGACGGGGCUGCAGAGAUGAGCCCCCCGGGGUCCACCUCGGGCCACUAG